AUGUUUAAUAGUAGAAGAUUCUCAUAUCCGAGUAUAAUAUUAGCAAUAGUAAUAGGGCUCAUCGUUGUCUUCAAUGUUCACUUUAUUGUGUACGGUAAUAUUUCGGGCGAGUCAAACACACAAGCCUCAUUACAAGAUGAAGUAAGUAGAGUUGGCAGCGAAGAAUAUCGAGCUUCUAUGAUAAAUGAGCUCGAACAAUCCAACAAAGAAGAACUUCUUAACGAGUUGAAGAAAAAAAUAGAAGAUACUGAAAAGCCCCGGCUCAUCCAGGAACUCAGAGAUCAGAUUGCAGCCACACACGAGGAUGCAAUUAAAGAGGCUUUAAGAAAACAAGUUGCUAAAGACUAUACUUCAAAAUAUUUUAAAGAGCAAGUAUUUUCCUAUAAGUUGUUUGAAGAUUUGGCAAGUGACUAUGCUCAAAAACACGUCAAAGAGUUCAAAGACUUUGACUUGUUGGAUGCAUUCAAAGGUAUGUCGUUCCCGGAUAUUUCCCUCCCACACGACUUCAAUAAAAAGCUUGAAUCACAUAUGAGCAAGUACCUUGAUCGACAGAAGUAUUUUACACACGUUUUGAAAGAUAUUCUUAUUGCAAAUAAACCCAAAUGUGAACCAAUAACUAAGGAAGAGGGCGGUAGAAUCAAUCCAACUUAUCAAUGGGACUGUAGGAAAUUGUCCGAAAAGGACCUUCGAGAUUCUGGUUUGAAUUUGUCUGACGAAAAAUUCGAAGCAUUGCAAGAUUCUCAUGACAAAUUGGUCAAAGCUUUGAAAGUCUUACCGGAUCCUCUACUACAUUUUAUAAAUGGAGAUGGUAUUGUUAUAAAUGGUGGUGGUGGAAUGAUUGGUGGUGCUUUAGUAGCAUUAGUCAAUUUGAGAGAGCUUGGCUCUACUUUGCCUGUUGAGAUAAUUCUUGAUAAGUCGACUGAAUACGAUUCUGAAGUAUGUGACGAAUUAUUACCAAACACUCUUAACGCCAAAUGCGUUGUUGUGGAAAGGGAGGUUGGAAAAGAUGUAUUGGAACGUGUCACUGAUAAAUUUGCUCGUAAAGUUUUGGGAAUUUUAGUAAGCUCAUUCGACAAUAUAAUUGCCUUGGAUGCUGAUAAUUUAGCCAUAAAGAAUGUGGAUUCCCUUUUUCAUACUGAACCGUUUUUAUCAACUAAGAUGCUCUUAUGGCCCGACAUUUGGCAUAAAACAACGAGUCCUAUCUAUUAUGAUAUAGCACGAUUCGAGAAAGGGGAACCAAUACGUCGUCAUGGAUUAGGAAACGAUCACUCUUUUACCGAAUAUAUUUCUAAAGACAGAUUUUCCGAAAUCCAUUACCAUGAUUUACUGGGUAUACCUAAAUCAGUAAGUACAGAAACGGGCCAAAUAGUCAUGUCGAAACGGAAGCACUUUAGGAGCUUGUUGUUAUCUUUAUAUUAUAGUUUAAACCAAAAGGACUUCUAUAAGAGUUUGCUAUAUCAGGGCGCACCAGGCUCAGGUGAUAGAGAAACAUUCCUACCUGCAUUGCACGUUAUGAAUGAGGAUUAUUUCUUGGAACAUCAAUCAAUCUUCCGUAUAGGUUACGAUUUCAAAGAUCUAAAUAAUAAAAAACAUUCCGAAGAAACAACAUUAGGACAGACCGAUCCACGCGAGAACUACGAAUUUUACAAACAAUGGAGAGAAUUCUUACAAUCAAAGGACUUGGAUACUAGGUUGAAUCCAUUUCAAGUUGGAGGCUACACUGCUAACCUACGCAAGGAAUUUAUCGAAUCAAUGAAAAAGACAAUUAAAACUGAGCCCAUUGAUGGCGAAGAACAAGAAGAACAUGUAGUUGAAUAUGAGCUUCCCAGUAUCUUAUUCUUGCAUUGUCAUCACCCAAAAAUUGAUCCAAUUAAAAACGCAGCUGAAAAAGGGGAAUGGGGUACAUACUCAAAAAGAAACAUCGGCCAUCCAGAGAAACACGAAGAUUUGUUUCGUGGUAUUGAUUGGGAAUUGAAAUUCCAUACAAUUGCCAAGUGGGUAGCUUGUGAGGGCUUGCAAAGUGAUAACUUUUGGAAGAAUAUCGCGAAGGUGGAUCGAUCUGAAACUUGUGAAAGAGUUUCUAAAUUUGUUGAUUUCUUGAUGAAAGAUACCAAGGAUCCAGAUUCUUCCGUCUUAAAGAUAUUCAAAGACACUGAGCGACGUAUUUAA